GUUCUGCGCAGGCGUCGGAGUCCGCUGCACCCCCUCCCUCCGAAGCUAAAGGAGGAAGUAAACGGGAGUCAACUGUGAUUCCGUCCGACGGUGUUGACUCAGCCGCCCCCUGAACCUUCUUAACAGUCUCUCCAUAGAUACAGUCUCCCUCUGGAUUUCACCCUCCACACAGCGGGAUCACUUUCAGGAAACCGAUCAGAUUAAUUUAUAUUCUUGGGUUUACACUCUCAUCCCCAAAACAGUCCCGGCCCUGGCCAUGGCGGUGAGUGCGAAGCGAAAGCAGGAGGAGAAGCAUCUGAAGAUGCUGCGGGAGAUGACGAGCCAGCCGCCCAACAGAAAGUGCUUCGACUGCGACCAGCGCGGACCGACGUACGCCAACAUGACCGUGGGCUCGUUCGUCUGCACCACCUGCUCGGGCAUUCUACGAGGCCUCAACCCCCCCCACAGAGUGAAGUCCAUCUCCAUGACAACCUUCACGCAGCAAGAGAUUGAGUUCCUGCAGAAACAUGGCAAUGAGUUCUGCAGGCAGAUAUGGCUCGGCCUGUACGAUGACAGAACUUCAGCUGUUCCGGACUUCCGUGAACCACAGAGAGUGAAAGAGUUCCUGCAAGAGAAGUAUGAGAAGAAAAGAUGGUAUGUUCCCCCAGAGCAGGCCAAGGUGGUGGCCUCUGUCCACGCCUCCAUCUCUGGGUCCUCGGCCAGCAGCACCAGCAGCACCCCCGAGGUCCGGCCCCUCAAGUCUCUGCUCGGAGAUUCCGCCCCUGCCCUGCACCUCAACAAGACCACGCCCAGUCAGUCUCCAGUGGUGGGCCGUGCCCAGGGCCAGCAGCCCAGCGAGAAGAAGUUUGACCUCCUCAGUGACCUGGGCGGAGACAUCUUUGCUGCCCCACACUCUCAGCCUGCAGCUCCCAACAGCUUUGCAAACUUUGCACAUUUCAGCAGCCAUCCAGGGACUGGUGUACCGAGCAUGGUGGGCCCCGCUCCAGCGUCAGCGGGCACGGUGCCGCCUCAGACGCAGGCCUCCAUGGCUGGGGGAGACCGCUACGCCGCGCUGGCAGAGCUCGACAACGUCUUCAGCUCUUCCACUGCCCCAGGGAGCACUGCCCCGGGUAAUGUGUUUGGCACAGUGACGGGAGUCACGCCAGCCCCUGCACAGCAGAUGUUACCCAGCAUGCCACAGGGAUUUGGAGCCGCUCCUUCAACAAACCCCUUCGUCGGUGCUGCUGUUGCCCCGGCGACUGCCCCUACCAACCCCUUCCAGACUAACGGGAGAGCAGUUGCAGCAGCAGCGCCGUUUGGCACAGGCUCCAUGAGCAUGCCGGCAGGAUUCGGGAACGCCGCCGCUUACAACCUCCCCACCAGCUUCAGCGGCACCUUCCAACAGCCCCUCCCAGGGCAGGCCCCCUUCCCCCAGCCUCCGGCGUACCCCCCUCAGCCCAACGGUGCGGGGUGUGCCCCUUUCGGACAGACCAAGCCUGUGGUGACCCCAUUUGGUCAGGUGCUGUCAGGACCUGGGGUGUCAAGUAAUCCGUUUAUGACGGGACCCCCGGCGGGACAGUAUCCCACAGGAAGCUCAUCCACAAACCCCUUCUUAUAGCGCGCCUCCCCCGUUCUGCCACUAGGAGGCGACACCUGACAUCCUGCCAUCAGGGGGCUGACACCUGGCGCCCACGCACCCCCCGCAGAGUUUUGUUUCAUGAGCAGCUUUAAAACACAACGUUUCUAAAACUUCAGUCCUUCAUCAAGUUUUGAAAAAUAGCCAUGGCAGCAGUGACAACUUCAGCAAUGAAACAAACACAAAACAGGGUGCAGCCAGAUGGUCUCUCUCUUCCUGUAUCUCACCUGCUAACUGCCCCAGCACCCACAGAGACACGUGUAUAUUUGUAUCGGCUAAUGCUAAGUUAUUGCAGAUACCACACUUAUUAUGCUCCAAUUCUGUACAUAUGUUUUUUUUUUUUUUCCUCUCGGAAAAUAAGCUUGUUGUGCAUAUCGGUAUGUGCAUCUUCACAGCCUGUAGUUGGUCAGAAUCCUUUUGGAAUAAGGGCCACAGAGGAAAGAACCAAAGUUAUCAAGCUCAAGCAGUCAGGAUCCAGUGCAUUUGGAGAAGGACGAGGAGUCAUGAUCAGGUGUGUUUGGAAGCAGAGCACGAGAAGUCAGGAUCAGGCGUGUUUGGAGGAGUAGGAGGGCCAGUCGGGACCGGGUGUGUUUGGAGAAGGACGAGGAAGAGUCAUAAUGAGGUGUAUUUAGAGAAAGGGGAGGAGCAGUCAUGGUCAGGUGUGUUUGGAGGAGGAUGGAAGGGAUGCAGUCUUCUUCACUGAAAACGAAGUGUCCUUCCUGUCACCUGCCUGGGGAGUACCUGCGCACUCA